UAUUAUUUUAAGGUUAUGUUUAUCACAAACUGUCGAUAAGUCGGUAUCAGAAGCCUCAAAACACGAUUAGCUGGUUAAACAGCACCACCCUGCGGAACUCUUAAGGCAUUACAAUGCUCGACUUUUAUUUUGAAGAAAAAAAACACGUACGGGAAGUCGGAGGGGAAAAUCAGCUGGAUUCCGCGGAAAUCAUCAACAGGACUAUUUUCCUUUCCUUAGCUAGCUAUCCAUCUGUCAACUACUAAUAAACCUUUCCUUCCUUUUUGCUGUCAAAACGCCACACUGGCGAUGUCGGAGUCAUACGAUUUCCUGUUUAAAUUCCUGGUGAUUGGGAAUGCUGGAACGGGUAAAUCCUGUCUGCUGCACCAGUUCAUAGAGAAGAGAUUUAAGGAUGAAUCCAACCACACAAUUGGAGUGGAGUUUGGCUCUAAGAUCAUCAAUGUGGUCAACAAAAUGGUCAAACUGCAGAUUUGGGACACUGCAGGACAAGAAAGGUUCAGGUCUGUGACCAGGAGUUACUACAGAGGAGCAGCAGGAGCUCUGCUGGUCUAUGAUAUCACCAGUCGAGAGACGUACAACGCUCUGACCACGUGGCUGAGCGAUGCCAGGAUGUUGGCCAGUCAGAACAUCGUCAUCAUCCUAUGUGGAAACAAGAAGGACCUGGACGCGGACAGAGAGGUCACAUUCCUGGAGGCUUCACGCUUCGCUCAGGAGAACGAGCUGAUGUUCCUGGAGACCAGCGCUCUAACAGGGGAGAACGUUGAAGAGGCUUUUGUCCAGUGCGCUCGGAAAAUCCUCAACAAGAUAGAGUCAGGGGAGCUGGAUCCAGAGAGGAUGGGUUCAGGUAUCCAGUAUGGCGACGCUGCGUUACGACAGCUUCGUUCUCCUCGUCGUGCUCAGCCACAGGGCACCCAGGAGUGUGGCUGCUAGUGGACCUGCCCAGGCAACACACAGACGAGGUGAAAGGCCAAACGGGUUUGUGAAGACCAGGAGAAGAACAGCCACAGGGGACCCAGGGUUCAGGUUGUCGUGCUGGUGACUCCUCUCUGACCUUUGACCUUUCACUUUGUUGUCAGGGCUGCAGCUCGCAGCCAUCCCCCCCCCCUCAGAGGUAACCAGAGACCGCCAUCCUCCAACAUGUUGCUCCACUAUUGGACCAAACCUUCCCCAGCCCUCCAAUCCGGACAUGAAUUACUGACCACCUUUCUCUCUGCCCUCUCACCUGCUCACCUCCCAACAUUAGUUUUCUCCCGUAUCACUACUCCACCUGCCUCCCGUCUGGACUACUUAAGGGAAAAGUUCCCAUUUUUAGAAAUGACUUUCUUUGGUGGUAAAAUAUGUUAAUUAGUCCGCUCCUGGCCCCGUAUUGAUACUUGAUACAUAGACACGAGGCAGAUUUUCUCAUCUAACUCUUGGCAAGAAAACAAUUUAUUGAACUAUUUCUUGGACCACAUAUUUAAAAACCCUCCCCUGCUAGAUUACGUCUCUCUCUCCCCCCAGCUGCUCUGAUUGCCUGUUAACUUCCCGCUCACACGUUUUAAACACACCACUAACCGUCUACUGACUACCUGUACAUUGUGCACUCUCUGCAUCCCUUCUUACACACUUUCUCUCCCAGUAAAGUGCACCCACGCAAUGCAACAGCCAAAAGACACUUCAUCAGCCUGCCUACCUUACCCUGUGUUUACAUCCCAUCUUUCUCUCCGUCACCUUCUCACUCCUCUGCCCCCAUCGCCCUUCCCUACAGCAUCCUAUACACUGUACAGUGUUUCUGUAUAUAGAGACUGACGCAUGUUUUCUCAAACAGAAUAUCAGAGUAUUUCAUUAUGAAGAGAUAUUAUAUGUAUAUUUAAGUAGAUAUCAUAUCCUGCAUCUGUUUCAUGCUCCACUGUAUUAUUAUCAUGUUAAGCUACACUGGCAACUAGUAAGCAAUAUAGAUGAGCAGUACUGUUUGCAGAAAUUGUGUUUAUUUGUGAAUGGGACAAGCUGAUGUGAAUUACAUUAUGGACUAACAUGUUUUUGUAGGAAAAGGCUGUUUUAUUGUUCAAACUCAUCGAUCGAGGGAAAAAAUAUUCUGAGCAUCAAUUUGGCCGUUUUCUGUCAUGGCUGAUUUAAAUCAUUUGUACAGUGAAAGUUACAUAUCAUCUUUUAAUUCACUAUGGACUGUUCAGAAGUGUAAUACACUCCUUUUAUCCAAAAGAUUCAUAUUGUGAGUGAUCUCUCUCAUCUAUAAAAGAUGCCUGUUUACAUGAAUACCUCUCUUACUGCUACCAGCGGUGGGGUAAUACUAACUGAAUGAUAUGAAACUGUCUGAUGUGUCUGUUUGAUUUUUAUUUGUCUCCAAAGAU